AAAGACCACGCAAGCACGAUCCCAGCCACUCCAUUCAUCUUCCCCAUUCCUCUCCACAAGUCUUUUCGCUCCUCUGAAUCGUUCCGUGGCCGCUGUUCCGACUUAUAUACGUCGCCUCUCCCCCCUCUGUUCUGAUGGUUUCUUUCUCGCACCGCAGCCUCCAUGUCUGUCGCAUUUCAUCACAAGUUACUUCACGCCUCGGUGAUCCGGGAACGAGUUCAUGUCCCCAGGGGCCGUGUCUACUGCUUGGCGGCCACCACAACCAAGCCCCGGCCUGACCUGGCCGAGCUCGCCGUUGAACCGCGGCUGCCGACAGCUCCGGGUCCGCUGAUAUCGCCGGACUGCCCGGUACUCAAUGACCCGUCGUUGAAAUCCUCAUGGGGCCACCGCGCGUGGCUCGCCUGCGGGUGCACCGCCGUGCUCGUUGCUCUGGCCAAAUCCAUGGUCGCGUCGUCUGAGUCUCACGUGUGGGCUGAGCCCGUCUUGGCGGGAGCGGUCGGGUACGUCUUGGCGGACCUCGGGUCGGGAGUCUACCACUGGGGCAUCGACAACUACGGCGACGCCUCGACCCCGGUCUUUGGCGCCCAGAUCGAAGCCUUCCAGGGGCACCACAAGUGGCCCUGGACCAUCACUAGGCGCGAGGCAGCCAACAACCUCCAUGCGCUGGCUCGCGCGGUGGCGUUCGUGGUGGGCCCGAUCGACUUCAUUUGCAACGACCCGACGAUUCUCGGUUUCGUGGCCGUCUGCUCGGGCUGCAUCAUGUUCAGCCAGCAGUUCCACUCGUGGGCCCACAGCACGAAGAGCAAGCUCCCACCGCCGGUGGUGGCACUGCAGGAUCUGGGGCUGCUCGUGUCGCGGUCGCAGCACGCGGCCCAUCACCGGGCGCCGUACAACAACAACUACUGCAUCGUGAGCGGGGUCUGGAACGAGUUCCUGGACGACCGGAAGGUGUUCGAGGUGCUGGAGAUGGUGCUGUUCUUCAAGUUUGGGCUGAGGCCGCGGUCCUGGAGCGAGCCGAGUUCCGAGUGGACGGAGGAUGUUGAGGAGGGACUCGUAUCAAGUUGAAGCUUGAUGUACUUCUUUCCUCAUGUUGGUUUUUCACUCUCGGAACUUUUUGAGUCUCAAUUACUGUAAUCGUCGAUUGUGCAGAUAGCAAUUCUAUCUCGUAGGGAAAAGGUUGGUGACAAUCUGCCAAAUGUGCCAAAUAAUAUACAUUUGAUUAUAUUUUUCAUAAGUAUUGUACAUUGGAUGCGAUUAAUGACACGAAUUUGAAUGACCAUAUUACCAGGAA